AGAACCAAUCUGGCUCAUAAUUAUUAUUAUUAUUACUUGUAUUUUGAUUUUCCAGAUUAUUUUUUUGCAGUAUAAAUGAACCGUGUCCCGAAAAUAAGAGAGAGCAGUGAGUAGUAGUGAGAUUGAAUUGAGGUUGAAGUGUGUUGUGUUGUGGCAAAGCUCAGAAAAAGAGAGAGAGAUUGAAGAAGCGAUUUUUUUAUAUGAAAUUUUGAAGAGUGAAUGAAAAAUCUCAAUCCCAUGGAUGAGCAAUUGAAUUUGAGCUGAAUCGGCGUCGUUUCGAUUUCUCUCAGUCACACACUACUGACUCGGCCAGAUUCAAGUAAACGCUUCUUCUCAGCAAACCCUAGGUUGGAAUUGGCCUAUGCAUUGGUGGUGUUUUAUGUUGGCCAUUGGAGAUGUAAUUAAGCAACAAGCAUAACUGAUGUGUGGUUGAACUGUAGAAGGUUUAUUUCUAGGGACUGGUACUGACUUUCAAAGGAUGGAUUAAACAAAUUUUUGUUGCGAAUGAGUGAUGGACAGACAGCUGGAUUAUUUGGUUUUUGCCCAAACAGCCCCAGUGCAAACCUUCUGUUGGCACGUGACAACAUCUUUUUCUACUGGCGACAUCAGACAGCCUCGCCGGUCGUCGAUAUUGGAGAUUGAUGUGAUGACAUCUUCACCUACCUAUCUGCAUGCAGUGCUGAAUUGAUACCUCUGGUUUUUAUCUCAUGCUAUUUUAGUUGUGUAACAUGUAACAGUGCCUGUUUAAUUUGUUACACCUUGCCGAAUAAUAAGUAAAUCAAUAUACUCAAAAGUUAAAGUUUGGUGAUAUUAAUUAGCAUUGAUUGAGAGCAUUUGUCAGUUACAUUAUGGGUGGAGUUGAAAGGAACAUUUUGGUAGGGUAAAAAAGUAUCUUUGUAAAGUUGGAUGCACUUUCUAGUUUGGUUUGAGAAAAGGGGAUAUGCUACCAACCUGGAAGUAUUAUAGCAUUGAUUUCACCACUUCAGUAUGUGAUCUAUUUUUUUUCAGUGGUGCAUUUAAUAAUAAACAUAUUGAUGUUAUGAUAUAAGAAGAAAAAUGGAGCAUGUUUUGGAGAAAAGAUUUCCUCUUAAUUCAGAAGAUUACAAGUUAUAUGAAGAAGUUGGUGAAGGCGUUAGUGCCUCCGUAUACAGGGCUCUCUGUGUUCCACUCAAUGAGAUAGUUGCCAUCAAGGUUCUCGAUCUAGAGAAGUGCAAUAAUGAUUUGGAUGGCAUUCGAAGAGAGGUGCAGACCAUGAACUUGAUUGAUCAUCCGAAUGUUUUACGGGCACAUUGUUCUUUUACUGCUGGACACAAUCUAUGGGUUGUGAUGCCAUACAUGGCAGGGGGGUCUUGCCUUCAUAUAAUGAAAUCUAACUAUCCUGAGGGUUUUGAAGAGCCUGUUAUUGCUACUUUAUUGCAUGAAGUUCUCAAAGCUCUUGUCUAUCUUCAUGCUCAUGGUCACAUACAUAGAGAUGUAAAGUCUGGGAAUAUUCUGCUUGAUUCUAAUGGUGCGGUUAAACUAGCUGACUUUGGAGUGUCAGCAUGUAUGUUUGAUGCUGGAGAUAGGCAACGUUCAAGAAACACUUUUGUUGGAACACCUUGCUGGAUGGCUCCUGAAGUUAUGCAGCAAUUACAUGGAUAUGAUUUUAAAGCAGAUAUAUGGUCAUUUGGUAUAACGGCACUUGAACUUGCUCAUGGUCAUGCCCCAUUUUCCAAGUAUCCACCUAUGAAAGUUUUGCUUAUGACUUUACAAAAUGCCCCUCCUGGUCUUGAUUAUGAAAGAGACAAGAGAUUUUCAAAGGCUUUCAAAGAGUUGGUUGCCACCUGCUUAGUAAAAGAUCCAAAAAAGCGUCCAAGUUCAGAAAAGCUUUUAAAACACCACUUCUUUAAACAAGCACGUGCCAGCAAAUAUCUAGCUCGCACCAUUUUAGAAGGCCUUGCUCCUUUAGGAGAUCGUUUUAGAUUGCUGAAGGCUAAACAGGCAGAUUUAUUGGUGCAGAACAAGGCUCUUUACGAGGAUAAGGAUCAAUUAUCUCAGAAAGAAUAUAUUCGAGGAAUUAGUGCCUGGAAUUUUAACCUGGAGGAUUUGAAAAGUCAAGCUGCUCUUAUUCAAGAUGAUGACAUACCUAAUGCAGAAGAGUCACAAAGGGAUAAGAAGCAAAAAGACAGAUUGGACGACUUCAAAGUUUCUGCAGAGAGGCUAUCACCUGGAGCAGCUAAUCAUUCAGAUGAUGCACCAACGCAGGACAAGGAGGAUGGAUUCAACAAUCUUCCGGAUUUGGAGAGCUCACUUGCUUCAUUUCCUAGUAAACCUCUUCAAGCACUUAAAGGAUGCUUUGAUAUGUGUGAGGAUGACGUCAACAACAGCAGUCCAAGAAAUUUGGAUCAUGAUGGAAGAAUUGACAAUGAAAGUUCUGGGACAAGUACUUCAUUACAACAAAAUGCUACCAGUCAUCAAAAAAAGUUUCCAAGUGGUUCUUUACUACCUGAUAAUUUUCUUUUUCCCAAAAAGAUUGUUACUGAUGGGGACAGGGAUUAUCUACAAACAAAGUAUUCUUCAGACAGGAAUCACAGUGGUCCGUUGCAAUAUCGGCAGAAGAGAGACACCAACAACCUUCCAUUGGUUGAUGACACAUCGGAUGGAGCAUUUGUCCAGUUUAGGGGGCGGUUUAAGGUCACGCCGGCAGAUCUCAGUCCAAUGGGUCCUUCAAACAGCACAUCUGGCCCACUUGUUAGUCCUACCAGUCCACCAAAUCCAAAUUUCCUGUCUGUAGCUAUUCUUCCAUCACUGCAGUGCAUCUUGCAACAGAACGGUUUGCAGAGGGAAGAGAUUAUUAAAUUAAUAAAAUAUGCAGAGCAAUCUUCUGGCAAGAAUACAGAAUCAAUGGAGGCAGGGAUAGUUGAUAUUUUGCAGGCACCACCUGCAACAACUAGGGAGCGAGAGCUGCAUUUUCAGGUGAUUCAACUCCAGCAGAGCAAUGGAAUCCUUUUUGAGGAAUUGCAAAAACAAAAGAUGAAAAAUGUUCAGUUGGAAAAACAGUUGAGCAGUAUGAUUAACAAAGUGGAAAAGUGAACAAGACAUGAAUGUUGUCAUGAUUUGACUGAUAUUGAACAACACCCGACAGAUGUUCAGAUACAACACCCGACAGAUGUUCAGUGGUAAUAUUCAAUGAUGGUUUGAGACAUACUUGAGGGAUGGGAACGGCUCAUUGCGACGUACACUAAUCUUUGAUAUGCUAUUCCUUGAGUUACAUGUAAAAUGUAAUUUAUUGAGAUAAUGAGAUCAUGUAAUUUAAACUCAUCUUUCUCUCUUAUAUCCUACCUAAAAAUUACCCUUCAGACUUCAUAUUAAUGCAAUAACUACAUAGCUUAGCUUAGUGAUGCUGCAAGCCUGUCUUCUGUGUUUCAAUAAAUUCAUAUCACCCGGCAACCAAAUCCUUCACAUACAUAGAAUGUUGACUGGAAUGGCUAGUGUUGAAGUGUAUUUAACGGUUGAUGCAAAUUCUGACAAUAAAUUUCCCCAGUGUAUUGUAUUUAUUCAUCUCAUGGUUGAAAUUUAUGAUUUUUUUGAA